AUGGCCCACAUCAAUACUCGCCUUCUCGAUGCUGCUGAAGAACGUUUAAAUGCACUUGCACCUUUGCGUGGUUAUGCAGCGGAGCAACUGGUUUCAUUACAAGAAGCUGUUGUGAAAUUGCGCAAACUGAUCGAUGAUGUCGAUUCACGCGUGUGGACGGCUACCAAUCGAUCUGAAAAUCCAACUGAUACACUCAGUCAGGAAGAAUCAGCCGCCAUUGUUUUAUAUACAAUGGAGUGGGAUCCCCAUCACCCAAGUCUCUACUUGGUGUUAAAUCAAACACUUCGCCUUGAAGAUCGAAGGAAACUUACUCCUUGGUUUCCUUAUUUAAAAUUAUUUUUCACUGGCUUAUUCAAAUUACCGCCAAUGCGUUGUACCGUCUGGCGAGGUGUACGCGGUGAUUUGCGCUCACAAUACAAACAGGACAAAAAAGUUACAUGGUGGGCAUUUAGUUCCUGCACGACGGCAAUUAACGUUCUACAAAGGGAACAAUAUUUGGGCAUGUCAGGUCCACGUACUUUAUUUGCAAUCGAUUGCUUAAAUGGAAAAAACAUUAAACAACAUUCUUAUUUUGCACAAGAGGAAGAAGUAUUACUUCUUCCAUGUACUCAUUUGCAAGUGAUAAGCCAUUUGAGCAGUAUGGACGACUUGCAUAUUAUUCACCUGCGUGAAAUACCACCACCAUUCGUGCUUUUGGAACCUCCAAGUUCUAUGUCAACAGGUAAGAAAAGUCUGACAUGUAUUUAG